AUGCCUACGGGUUGUUGUGUCCCUCAGUGUCACCAGAAAGGGGUUAAAUCGCCAACAGGAGAGAAAGUGUUGUUUUUUGCGUUUCCAAAAUCACCCGAAAGAAGAAAACAGUGGAUUCACGCGAUCCGCCGAGAUGAAGGAAAACAGUGGCAGAUCACACCCGAUACAAAAGUAUGUUCAUUGCACUUCAGACGAGAGGAUCUCAGGACAUCUUUAAAUGGCCGACAAUAUAUUGCCGAACGCGGUGUGCCUUCACGGUUUGCUUGGUCUGUUCCUACUCCAACAAAAAGAAAAGCACCUACCGAAAGGGUUUUCGUGCCUAUGAAGAAAAAGUUGUUUACACCUGAGGUGAGUUCUGAAACGAACGAUGAAGGUUCGACUGCUCCUGAAACCGUGCAUGUAGAUUCAGGAAUUCCAGAUUCAGCAUGUCAAACAAGCGAAAUGGAUCAAAUAAAACGAAUUCAGGAACUUGAGAUCCAGCUUCUGCAAGCUCAACAGGAGUUAACAAGUCUUCGCCUCGAGAACACUGAACUAAAGAGAAAGCUUGCUGAAACCAUUUAUGAGUUCUUGAAUCCUGGCGAGGACUGUGAAAAUAUUUGCCCUCGGAGCAGCUCAGACGUCCCGGAGGAGUUUUACAACUCAGACAGCUCCAAUGAGGAGGAAGACGUCCAAGCGGCAAAGAAAGGACGCCGACGAAAAAUUAGGCCAGUAGAUGAAUUUUUUAUUGUUUUGUGUCGAUUAAGAAGAGGGUUUUCUGAACGACAUCUAGCCAAUCUUUAUGGUGUGGCACAAUCUACUAUAAGCAGAAUGUUUAUACCGUGGAUCAGUUUUAUGUACUUGAAAUUUGGUCAAGUCUGUUUUUGGCCAUCUAAGGAAGUUAUUCAAAAAACCAUGCCAGCUGAUUUCAAAGAGAAAUUCCCCUCAACAAGAAUUGUAAUAGACUGCACUGAGGUUUUUUGUGAGAUGCCUAGUAGUCUGCUUCUGAACUCUGAGCUUUUCAGCUCAUAUAAGAACCAUGUGACACUAAAGGGGCUUGUUGGAAUUUCCCCAAGUGGGGCCAUCACCUUCAUGAGCCAGCUUUACACUGGGAGUAUUUCUGAUCGGGAAAUUGUGCUGCGAAGUGGUUUACUGUCCCAAGCAUUUGAUGAUGGGGAUUCAGUGAUGGCCGACAAAGGUUUUCAAAUUCAAGACAUUUUACCCCUGGGUGUAAGUUUAAACAUCCCACCCUUUCUUGGAGGCAACAGUCAGAUGUCAGCAGAGGAUGUGGUCAGAACUCAACAAAUUGCCAGUGUGAGAAUUCAUGUGGAAAGGGCAAUUAACAAAAUUAAAAACGUUUGGAUCUGGGAAGGAGUUGUACCUUUGAGUUUAUUCGGAGUUGUAAAUCAGAUGUGGACUGUAUGCGCAUUCCUCUGCAAUACUCAGGAUCCACUUAUAUCAGGAUAA